AUGGACCAAGAUGAUCAAAUAUCUAACGAUCAAGAAAUCGAUUUUUGUACUCUGGGAAUGUUUAUAAUUGAUGAGAUACACUACCUCCCACCAACUCCCUCAGUGUAUGAUGUCCUGGGUGGUGCCGGUUCCUAUUCCGCCUUAGGAGCCCGUCUCUUUUCUCCUCCACCGCUCUCCAAAACAAUCUCUUGGAUAGUAGAUAAAGGCUCCGAUUUCCCCCCCUCAAUAUCAUCUCAAAUAACCACCUGGCAAACCUCUUGUCUAAUCCGUACCGAUCCCACCCGUCUCACAACUCGCGGCUGGAAUGGCUACGACAGCAACGAAACCCGCUCAUUCAAAUACACAACCCCAAAACUUCGACUGGACGAAUCAUCUAUAGCUUCUCAUCCUCCUCUCUUAUUCGCAAAAUCUUUCCAUCUCAUAUGCUCCCCAAAUCGCUGUAUAGAUCUUGUAACACGCAUUCUCUCACUUCGAAAAUCACAUUCGCCCAAUCAUCCCAAACCACUUAUCAUAUGGGAACCAGUCCCAGAUCUUUGUACACCAGACGAGCUUUUAAAUUGUACAAAUGUCCUUCCAUAUAUCGACGUUCUCUCACCAAAUCACUCGGAACUAGCAGGUUUCAUGGGCGAUCCUGAUUCUGGUAUGACUCCUGAAGGAGAAAUAUCCGUGGAAGCAGUAGAACGUUCUUGUGAACAACUCUUAUCUUCAAUGCCAUUGCAAUCUUACGCAAUCGUUGUAAGAUGUGGAGCAUUAGGAUGUUAUGUUGCGAAGAACGGAGGAAGAAAUAGACGUGCGGAGAAAAACCGAAGAAAACGUCCGGCAAAUAGAUCUAGAGGUGGCUUAACACUAGAUAUGAACAUGGAAGAUUUGUUCGCAGGAUUGCUUAGUGAUUCUGGCGAGAUUAGCUUCGAAAGAAACGACUAUGUUCCUGUCGACCCGGGGAUUGAGAAAUGGAUUCCGGCUUAUCAUCAAGCUGGAGAGGGGGAGGAGGAGCAUAAAGUGGUAGAUCCGACGGGAGGUGGAAAUGCAUUCUUAGGUGGUUUGGCAGUUGCGUUGGCAAGAGGAAAGGGAAUUAUAGAAGCUAGUUGUUGGGGAAGUGUAGCAGCUAGUUUUGCCAUUGAACAGGUGGGGGUACCGGUCCUGGGUGUUCUGGAAGAGACUGAGGGGACAGAAGGAGAGGAAGAUGACUGGGUGGAGGAAGUAGAUGGAGAAGAGGAUGAAGAUGAUACAAGGGAAAUGGAAACGUGGAAUGGAGUAGUGGUUCAGGAAAGAUUGAGGGAGUUUAUGGGGAGAGUAGAUAUUGCGCCUAGUGAAUGUCCAUCUAGGUAG